AAGUUUUUAGCGUUAAAAAUGAGAGAAAUUGUGCACAUACAAGCUGGACAAUGUGGGAACCAAAUAGGCGCGAAGUUCUGGGAAGUUAUAUCAGAUGAGCAUGGUAUUGAUCCCACAGGAACCUACCACGGAGAUUCAGACCUACAAUUGGAAAGAAUCAACGUGUAUUACAACGAAGCGACUGGUGGGGAAAAUAUGUUCCUCGUGCUGUUUGGUGAUUUAGAACCGGGAACAAUGGAUUCUGUUCGCUCAGGGCCGUUUGGUCAAAUCUUUAGACCUGAUAACUUCGUUUUUGGCCAAAGUGGAGCUGGAAAUAACUGGGCUAAGGGACAUUAUACCGAGGGUGCAGAAUUAGUUGACUCAGUUUUGGAUGUGGUGCGCAAGGAGUCGGAAAGCUGUGAUUGUCUGCAAGGUUUUCAAUUGACACAUUCUCUCGGAGGUGGAACAGGAUCUGGAAUGGGCACUUUACUUAUUUCCAAAAUUCGUGAAGAAUAUCCAGACAGAAUCAUGACUACUUUCAGCGUGGUACCAUCCCCCAAAGUGUCUGAUACCGUUGUUGAACCAUACAACGCCACCCUUUCGGUUCAUCAGCUGGUCGAAAACACUGAUGAGACAUUCUGCAUCGACAACGAGGCACUGUAUGAUAUCUGUUUCCGUACUCUGAAGUUAACCACUCCGACCUAUGGUGACUUGAAUCAUUUGGUAUCCGCUACCAUGAGUGGUGUUACCACCUGCUUGCGAUUCCCAGGACAGCUGAACGCGGACUUGCGUAAAUUGGCAGUGAACAUGGUACCGUUUCCGCGACUUCAUUUCUUCAUGCCAGGCUUUGCACCACUCACAAGCCGUGGCUCACAGCAAUACCGUUCGCUUACCGUACCGGAACUCACCCAGCAAAUGUUCGACGCCAAAAACAUGAUGGCAGCUUGCGAUCCUCGUCAUGGUCGAUAUCUCACCGUUGCUGCAAUGUUCCGUGGCCGUAUGUCCAUGAAGGAAGUCGAUGAGCAAAUGCUGAACGUCCAAAACAAGAACAGCUCCUAUUUCGUGGAAUGGAUUCCAAACAACGUGAAGACUGCUGUAUGCGAUAUCCCACCACGAGGUUUGAAGAUGUCGGCUACUUUCAUCGGAAACAGCACAGCCAUCCAAGAGCUGUUCAAGCGUAUAAGCGAGCAAUUUACAGCUAUGUUCCGUCGCAAAGCAUUCUUGCAUUGGUACACGGGAGAAGGCAUGGAUGAAAUGGAAUUCACUGAGGCGGAAUCCAACAUGAAUGACUUGGUUUCGGAAUACCAGCAAUACCAAGACGCCACAGCCGAAGAAGAAGGAGAAUUCGAUGAAGAAGAAGGUGAAGAAGAAGCGGCCUGA